AUGAAUCCCACCAACAUCGUGAACCGAACAAGGCCCGUAAGGUGUCAGCGGACAUCUCCACCGCACGUGAAAGAAGCACGCCGAGACGAUCUCCUCCAGAGUGCUGGACACAGAAUUAUAAUCAAGUGGUUGCUAAAGCUUUUACAAAUUCCUGAAGUGACUGAGAUUCCAAGCUUCAGUAAAGAAGCUCAGUCUUAUUUGCAAGGCUUAAUUGAUGGAUUUAGCCUGAGUGAUGCUUUGGAAGUUAAUAAAAUUGAAGCAGUGGCCAACCAUGAUUUUACCCAUCGAAUCACAGCAAAACUUUUUACCUUAAAGGGAGGAGUUGACUUCGUUGAGUUGAGUUCGCUGGUCGUUGAUCGAGGUCGAUGGAGCCUGAUCGCACUUGAGGUCGAUGGAGCCUGAUCGAUGUCGCUGGUCGCUGAUCGAUGUCGAAGAACAGUCGCUGAUCGCAGUUGAGCCAGAUCCCUAUUGACUUCUGUUCAGUGUUAUGCGAUUUAGGGCAAAAAAACCUCAAAUCUUGUACAAAAAAUAAUUUAAUUUAUUUAAGUAAUAUAAAUUUUAAAUGGGUAUUAAACCGGCCGAUUUUCUAAAAUUUGCCGGUUCACGAUUUU